GUUUUGUUAUCAAAGUUAAGUAUACUUUCAGAUGAAGUAAUAUGUUUUGCUAAACUGCAGUUCGGAGGUUGUAUUGGAGCUGAAGGCUGAGGGUUGGGUGUAUCCAGGUAUCCAGGAUGAAAAUAAAUGAGAAGACUCUGGUCAGCUAUGCCUGUAAUAAACUGCCUCCUGAUAUGGAGGGUUGGCUGUGGAAACGAGGAGAGGUGAAUAAAGGGUUCCAGAAGAGGUGGUGUAUGCUCCGGGGGAACUUACUCUUCUACUCAGAGAAAAAGGGGGAUAAGGAACCCAUUGGAGUAAUCAUCCUAGAGGGAUGUACUGUAGAACUAGCAGAGGAGGAGACGGAACAUUAUGCUUUCAAGUUGGUAUUCCACACAGAAGGAAGAACAGGGAGAACAUAUAUCCUGGGAGCCUCAUCUCAACCUGAUCUAGAGAAAUGGAUGAAGCUCCUGGCCUGCGCCAGCUACGACUUCAUGAAGCUGAUGGUGGUUGAGCUUCAGCAUCAGAUUACUGAGAUAGAAUCAGGUGGAAGCAGUAAGGCGGAGGGUUCUGGUGUCGGCGGAGAACCCCGUCCUCCGCCUCGAACCCGGCACAAUCCCUUUAAUACAGGGAAAGAAAAACAUAAAUAUACAUGGUUGGACUGGCAUACUGGAUACGGGGAGAGGAUUCUCCAGGAUAGAGAGGAAUGGUUGGAACAGCGUAGGAGGACGGAGCAGGAGAGAUCUCAUCAGAUUGAGAUGUCCGGAGAUAAUUUAUUGAUAGUUCUUUAACCUGGAGCUCAAACCUAGUUCUAACCAAGAUAUUACAAGAUACUUACUUUGCUGAGACGGAUCUAUAUUUGGUCAUGUCCGGUAUUUGCUCCUUUGUUUAUUUUACAUAUUUGCUCCUUUGUUUAUUUUACAUUGUAUCUCUUAAAGAACAGGUUCCAUAUUUGUAUUGACCAACCAGCAACCUUUUCUACAUUUUUAGUUCCUGCAUUAUUGUUAACCUUUGUGUGACCUACGCUUGUUUUUACCUUUCUUUUUGUUUAAUAGAAAGAUGGUUUUUUGUGUCAUUUUUCCAUAUAUGCAAAUCGUAUGUACAUUGUACAAUUUACAAUUAAACAUUUCCUGAAAAAAUAAUUUUCUAGAUUUAAAAUAUCAUUUUAGUUUUGUUACACACGACCCCCUUUUCGAACUGUUCAAGUAUAAAUUUACUAUAAUUUAAACAUGGGGAGUGGUAAUCUAUUAAAACCAUUUCCUAGUUCUCAAGAUGAACUUCCGGCUUAAAGUGUCAUUAUUUUAAGAGUUCUGUUCAAAUUUUUGCAUAAAGAAUUUUUUGAGAAAAAAAGACAAAUUUUUCAGUUAAACUAUAAAUGAUUUUUAUACUUAGAUACAAAUUUUUUUGCUCAAUUUGGGAAUAUUAGUUUUCUUCAGAACAAGGACGUUGCUGAAAAACUGUAACAUGACCCCGUUUUAAUUUUAAAUUUUAAUUUGUUUGAUCCUAAAUAAUCUUCAUUUCAACAGUGAUGUACAACGUACACUCAGUGUUAUAUAUUUAUCACUUGCGGGGAAACAACGAUAACUUCGAACAGUACAAUUUCUGUCACUCGAGGCCAAGCCAGUACAUUAAAUGGGUUCCCAUUAAGUGAACAUGAAUCAAAG